CCUCUCUCUCUCUCUCUGGCGUCUAGCAGCAGCAGCAGCAGCAGCAGCUUCCCCCCUGACACUGAGACGGCUGGCCUUUCCGGUGUUGCAGCUCCGUACAUGACCCACUCUUGGAACAACCUCCCGGGCAAAUGGAUGAGAAGCAGUGGACCACGCUUAGCCCUGAUGAGUUCCUUCAGCUUCACCAGUACAUUGAGUAUUCGUCAAAGAAAGUGAAGGAUGUUCUCAGUGAGUUUGCUGGGAACGGACGACUCUCCAAGUACAGCACGGAACAGCAUAUUGAUUUUGAAGGCUUUCGAACACUGAUGACCAUCUACCUGGAUGUGGACGACAUUCCCAGUCAAUUCUGUCGGCAUCUCUUUCGCUCCUUUCAGACGAAGCCAUGUGAGAAAGAUGUUCAAAUCCCCGAUACAAUCGAUCCCACUGGGCCAGAUGUUGUCUUUGUGAAGGAUGUCGUGUGUUACUUAUCCUUCCUGGAGGGAGGCCAGCCUGAAGAUAAGCUCAAAUUUACCUUCAAACUGUAUGACACUGACGCCAAUGGACUGCUGGAUAGCUCGGAAGUCGAUCGGAUUAUUGCCCAGAUGAUGCAUGUGGCGAAGUAUUUGGACUGGGAUGUGACUGAACUCAAACCUAUUCUCCAAGAGAUGAUGAAUGAGAUUGACUAUGAUGGGAAUGGGACCGUUUCAUUGGACGAGUGGAUCAAAGGCGGGAUGACAACAGCUCCCUUAUUGGUCCUUCUCGGACUGGAAGCUAGCCUGAAGGAUGAUGGGCAGCACAUUUGGAGACUGAAGCACUUUAACAGGCCGGUGUACUGUAACCUGUGUGAGAGCAUGUUGCUGGGGAUCCGAAAACAAGGCCUAAGUUGUACCUUUUGCAAGUACACAGUCCACGAACGAUGUGCCUCCAAAGCUCCUUCCUGCUGUAUCCGAACGUAUGCAAAAUCCAUCAAGGACACCAACGUCAUGAAACACAUGUGGGUUGAAGGCAACUGUAACAUCACCUGUGGGAGCUGCCAAAAAACCAUAAAGAGCUUUCAACGGCUGACUGGUCUUCACUGUGUCUGGUGUCACAACACGCUCCAUAAUGAAUGUGCACUGAAAGGGAAGGAUGACUGUGACUGUGGCUCGUUGCGGGAUCACGUGCUCCCUCCCUCUGCGAUAUAUCCCGUCGUCCUGGACAGGCAGAACAGUCUGAAGAAAAAGGACGAUGAUGUCUCAGCCAUCGACACAGAGCAGCCCAUCACCACCGUGGAUGGCAAGGUCUUGCAGAUUAUCCCAGUGCCUCAGACUCACCCACUGCUGGUCUUUGUCAACCCGAAAAGUGGAGGGAAACAAGGCGAGAGGGUCUUACAGAAGUUCCAGUACCUUCUCAACCCAAGACAAGUCUUCAACCUGGCGAAGGAUGGCCCGAAACCAGGACUGAAAUUCUUUCACGGUGUGCCGAAUAUUCGGGUCUUGGUGUGUGGAGGCGAUGGCACUGUAGGAUGGAUACUUGACUCCAUUGAUAAAAUGCACUUUGCUGUGAAGCCACCUGUCGCCAUUCUGCCGCUGGGCACCGGGAAUGACUUGGCACGGUGUCUACGAUGGGGCGGAGGGUACGAAGGGGAGAAGUUAACAAAGAUCCUGAAGGACAUCGAGGGGAGCUCACAGAUGCUGCUCGAUCGCUGGAGCUUCGAGGUGACUGAAUCGGUCCCUGAGAAGGGAGAUCCUGUCCCUUACAACAUCAUCAAUAACUACUUCUCAAUCGGUGUGGAUGCAUCAAUCGCUCACCGGUUCCACGUAAUGAGAGAGAAGUAUCCGGAAAAAUUCAACAGCAGGUGA